CUCUCCGCCUAGUGAAAUGGGCGGAAGCAACGUGCUGCAGCCUGCCGGUCAGCCCGCCUGCACUGCGGAGCCGGUGGCUGCGAUGGACGUGGAGCGGGGUAGAAGAGCGCCCGCUGCCUGGUCUAGAGCAACUGAGAUGCCUGAUAAUUUCCUGACUACUGAAGUAUUUUGACUGCUGAAUUUACCUUUCUGACAAUGAACAGUUCAAAAUCACCGGUGUUGGCUGGAAAUGGUAUAUUUGCCAACACAACUUGUCGCACAGAAAAGAAGAUUUCUGUGUUUUUUUCUGUAAUUUUUAUGACAGUGGGAAUUUUAUCCAACACGCUUGCAAUAGCAAUUCUUAUGAAGGCUUAUCAGAGGUUUAGACAGAAAUCAAAAGCCUCUUUUUUGCUUUUUGCUAGUGGCUUGGUUAUCACAGACUUGCUGGGCCAUCUCAUCACUGGAACCAUUGCAGUAUUUGUAUAUAUAUCGGACAAAGACUGGAUCCGAUUUAAUCAAUCAAAUGUUCUCUGUAGCAUUUUUGGCAUCUGUAUGGUGUUCUUCGGACUAUGUCCCCUUUUUCUGGGCAGUGUAAUGGCUGUUGAACGCUGCAUAGGAGUCACAAAGCCAAUAUUUCAUUCAACAAAAAUGACUUCUAAACAUGUAAAAAUGAUGUUAACUAUGGUAUGCCUUUUUGCUAUUUUCAUAGCCUUGCUGCCUAUAUUUAGGUUGAAAGCCUAUCAAAUUCAGGCAUCAAGGACCUGGUGUUUCUAUAAAACAGAACAUGUUGAAGACUGGGAAGACAGAUUUUACCUCCUGCUUUUUUCAUGCUUGGGUUUACUGGCCCUUGGUAUUUCAUUCUUGUGCAAUGCUGUGACGGGAAUUACACUUUUGAGGGUCAAAUUUAAGAGUCAACAUAGACAAGGCAGAUCUCAUCAUUUUGAAAUGAUCAUUCAGCUCUUGGCUAUAAUGUGUGUCUCUUGCAUUUGCUGGAGUCCAUUCCUGGUGACCAUGGCCAGUAUUGGAAUAAAUGAAAAUCAUUCUCGGGAAUCCUGUGAAACAGUACUUUUUGCUCUCCGAAUGGCAACAUGGAAUCAAAUUUUAGAUCCAUGGGUAUAUAUUCUUCUAAGAAAAGCUGUUCUUAAAAAACUCUUCAAGAUUGCUAGAAGAUGUUGUGGUGUGCACCUCAUUAACUUUCAUAUGUGGGAACUCAGUUCCAUUAAAAAUUCUUUAAGAAUUGCAGCAAUUUCUGAUUCACCAGUUACUUCCAAGCAAAUGAAUCAGCAGCCACUCAGUUCAACAGGGCAAUAAAAUGUAUUUCAGAAAAUGGUGAAAAUGGGGUAAUGAUCAUGAAGCACCCCAGUAUUUGAAAGCAUGUAAGUGAGCUGGUAUUUUCUGGGGGGUUUUAAAACAAGAAUUUGGUUUCUUUUCUCAAUGUUUACCACUCUGGAGUUGUUAUUACAAGAUAGUCACCUUCCAAAUUUGCUUUUUAAAAGGAGGCUGUUUAUGUAAUCCUUUCUUUCAAGUUGUGAUGCCAAAGUCUCGGGACUACAUUACAGAAUGGGAAAGCAUCUA